GUUUAUAACAACAUCACGUGACCUAAAUGUGUGUGGCAACACUGGUUAAUUUCUAUUGUGUGGUUAGCGUCAGCCGCCACCGCGUCCAAUGAUUCGCUGUUUCAGAUUUUGGCUCCGUUGAUUGUUUGUAGUUCGUCAUCGGCUUCAUUUUUCCGCUGGCGGUGGCUACCUAUGGUUGUUACUUGCUUGGAGUAGUCCUCUUCACCACUGGCGUUCGAUUUUUAAAUCGUCUUCAUUCAUUGUUACAGUGAACGAAGACAGAUUUAACCAUGGCGGUCGACAAAAACGUUGUAAGUAUUGCUAAUUGUUAGGUCCCCGCGCGCGCGCUAACAAAUCGCUGAACUUAACACAUUAAUGGCAUCGCACGCGUCGUUUCGUAUUUUAAUUUCUCAAAACUUUUUUUUGACCGUUUUCAUCGUGCUUCGCAAGGCACGCCGACGCGCGUUCCAACCAUCGUCUUUGUCUCGUAGUAUUAUGUCAUUCCGUUAUUUUAAUACUGUAAUUAAUCAGUAAUUUAGUACUGCGUCCAUUGUUGUUGGCGUCCGCACUUCCCCGCACGCUUUGCGUAAACGCGCGUAAGGCCGCCAUUGAUUUUUUUUUUUUGUCCGUUAUAUUGGUAUACAUUCGGAACAAUGGUUGAAAACAAUAAUGUGCUUGUAUUUCGGUGUGUCUCACUAGUGUGACAUUUUCAUACCGCUUUAUAGCAUUUUAUUUGUUUCGUUGACUACUUACUAUCGUUAACAUGUAUUUAUUUUGCACGAUCAGUACGUGUGUCAACAUAUUAUAACCAUUUAUUAGUUUUUUUAUUUACCAUAACAAUAGGUCGGUCACUAUUUACUAACUGAAAUAUUUACUAAGCGUUCGAAAACAUUUUAUUUGGUUAUCUUUAACAAUUAAAAAUUAGUUAAAUUUGGAAUUAUUUUGCGAGUAUCAUUACCAACUAUUAUAUAUAUGCAGUUUUCUACUAGGUACCAUUGAUUUUAAAUUAUUUUCUGACAAUAAAACUCGUACAUAGUGGGCGUUACAACGGUAAUAAAGUUAAAAUGAGUACACACCCCUACUUAUAUAUGUAUGUCGACUAUCUGACAACAGAAUCUGUGCUAUUGUUCAUGGCUAUUGAAUUUAUUAAAAAUAUUUUUUUUGAAAAUUUUUUAUAAAGUGUUUAGUUUACUGAUUGGUAUAUUAAGUCCUAUCAAACAGAAUAAUCAAUACUUAGUUCCGAACCAAGGAUAUGUAGUGGCUAACAAUUAUAAAAAAAUCUAUACUAUUUUCAUUAAAGAAGGGUAGUUUUUCGCGCACGCAGACUAAGCUUACGGAUUACUCGCUACCGCUAUGGCAGUCCGCAAAAUUACACCUAUUGUUGGGAGCCCUGGGCGAGGUGUGUCGUGGGGAUGCGUAAGAAUGACUGGUUUUCGUUGAGACUACUGUUCUUUCGUGAAAAAUAUAGGCCGUCACUAUCGUGUAACCAGCCAUCUUGGUUUAGAUGGGACAAUUCUGAUUAUUGAUAGGAAAAACAUUUCAAAUCUAGUAAUUCUCAUUUAUUCUGAUUUCAUUAUUUGAAUGUAAAAGUACAGAUUUAAAGGGUAAUUCGGGAAUUAUUAAAGUUAUUAGUGGUAGGUAAUAGUGUGGUAAUAGUCUUAAUUUCCACAGUUUAUCUUUAUUAACAAAAAUAUUUAUCCAAAGCGUAUUAAAAUAUUCAAUAAUAUAUUUUCUAUAUUAAAGUAUACAUUACUUUAUUCAUUUAGAGACUUAACAUUUUUUUUUUUUUUUGUUAUUAUGGUUCCGAUCAGUAAAGACUUUAACACUAGCGAUUCUACCGCAAAUCUCAUGUUCAUAUCGCAGUAAAAUAUAACAUUAUUUAUGGCCCCAUAUCAAUAUCAUUGUUUGAAGUACAACUUAGUUAUAACUUAAAGUUAUCUUAAUCUUAAUAUAACAAAGCAAGACCCGAUAUUUCGCUUUUCCAUAUCUACUCAGCCGUUGUAUACGUGUGUGAUAAUUAUCCCGUUGGUAUAAAAAAGAACUGUUCACUUAACCAGUCGUUAUGUAUAUAUUUCUUCAACACAUUUUUACUUCUCAUUUAAUUAAAGUCGUGGAUUUAAUCUUUAAAAUCUCAGUUUAUUAUUAUGUUAAUAUAUUUUACCUAUUUACAAUUAUUAAUUACUGAUGUAUUAUUAAAGGACGCACCUGAACAUAUUAACCUUAAAGUACUGGGCCAAGAUAAUGCUGUGGUUCAGUUUAAAAUAAAGAAGCACACACCAUUGAAGAAAUUGAUGAAUGCCUAUUGUGAAAGAACUGUAAGUAUUGAUUAUAUGUGCAUACAUAGCUGUAUGCACAUAUAAUGUGUACGUGCAGAUGUACGUGUAUUCAAAUUUUAUGUUUUUUUGUAAUAUUUUCACUAUGUAGGUAUAUGAAAAAAUAAGUACUAAUUGCAACAUUUGCAAUGUAUCGUACUGUAGCUUAGGUAGCUUCCCUACACUCAAAUCUUCUUUCCCAUUACUUGGUUUCAUAUCUCGUUUAUUGUGUCGUCCUAAUAAAAUUCAUCAAAUGUAUAUGUUUAUUUUAACAGUGUUAGUUGCGCUAUAGUCAAAAUGACUGCACUUUUUCAUAUCUUUAAUAAAAGUACUCUUAAAAAAAUAUGGCAAUGGUAAAGGUAUGACUAACUUUUAAUGAUGUCAUUAAAAAUAAUACAAUAAUAUUAAAUAACUUUUAUUCCUUAUAAUAUAUGUAGAUAAAAAAGAGAUCAUAAAUUUCGAUCAACACGCAACUAAUGAUAUUAUUGAUGGAUUGAUUACAUAGGUACUUUUUGUAUAAAAAUAGUUUAUUUGGGUUUUUAUUUUUCUUAUUUAAAAUAUCAGUUUUAUACACAGAUGUAGUUUACAUAUUUUCUAUAAUUCAUUUAAUUAAAUUACUAAAAAUGUAUGAAACAAUGUUUAUAUACUUGAAGGCCGAGUACACACUUUUAAACUGUUAAGAGAUCAUUAUUGGCGUGUAGUAGAGCUCGGCACGGGACAAUCCAGUCUGUUUUGGCCCAGCUCAGAACCGGGCUCGGGGUACGCACUUGUGAGUUCAGCAGGUAUAGUGAUUGAAGAAAGAAGAUCAUGCUUGAAAGCAGAAACUAUUGAUGCAUUAUUAUUUUUAAGAGAUCAGAAAUAAAUUUUUGUAAUAUUUUUCAUUAAGAUGAACCGGGUUGGGCUAAAUCUAUGUAAAUAUUGAACGGUCUUGGGAUUUAAAAAUCGGGCCCGUGCAGGGCACUAUCGUGUAAUGAUUAAAAUUUUGAAUAGUGUUCUAUCACUUCACAAUCUUUUUAACAGUCUUUCCGCUUAUGUUUUUAACCUUGAAUAGCAGUCUCAUUGCAGUUUUCUUUUUUCAUUAAUCAGUUGUAGAAUAUUAAUUUUAUUCAUAUUUAUACAUUUUCAUUUUAUUAUAAUGCUGAACAUAGUUUUCACUCCACAGUAAUUUAUGGAACUGAUGAUUUUUUUAAAUUUAAUUUCAAAAGUAUGACUUAUGUGUAUUAAUGUUGCAUAGUCAUGUUCACACUAUUUGUAAUCUCACCUAGCAAUAUUAGGUGCAAUUCAAAUUUAUCAAUAACUGAUAGACCCUGUGUAAAACUUUUGCGUGUCAUCUUUUGUUUACUUUUAAUGAUUCUGUGUUUUCACAUCCACACUUAAGUUACUGUUCGAUGUGCCAACAUGUUGACAAAGUUCAACGUGUUCACGCCUUUUUUGCAAAUGUGAGCUGGUCCUUAAGUUUUUUUUUUUUGGGUUGUUAUAAUAUCCUCAAAAGUUCAGUAAAACAAUAUUUAUGAUGCUCUUCAAAGGAAAAUAUUUGCUAAAAAUACUUUAUUUUGUCAUUAUUUAAAAUGUGUACUACUUGCAUAACUAUGUAUUGGUGAUAACAUUCACUAAUAAUGAGUGUCUAGUCUAGACUAACUUUUUUAAAAAUAUUAAAUACUUUUUGAGUUUAAAAUGAAACAUAAGUAGACCACUUUUGUAAGAUUGAAGUUAAUAAAAAUAUAAUUUAGUUUAUUUACCACGUUUAACGAUUAAUGUAUAUAAUAUAUUAUUGAAUUCAUCUUAUGGUUGCAUAAAUUUGAGUUUUAAGAAAAAGUAUAUUUUUGAAAAAUUACUUUGUAUACAUUUACAAUUUUAAUUUAAUUAUGAGCCUUGUAUCAAUUGUAUCUAGUUUAAUUUAAUUUUAAGUAUAUAAAAACUAAUUUUUACAAUUUUAAUUUUUAGGGACUUGCUAUGGCUACAGUGCGUUUUAGAUUUGAUGGCCAAGCUAUAAGUGAAGCUGAUACUCCAUCCUCAUUGGAGAUGGAAGAGGGUGAUACUAUCGAAGUUUACCAACAACAGACUGGUGGUUUUUAAAUACAAUUUUUAUUAACUACUUACUUUUAUGUAUUAAUUUUAUGUAUCUUAAGUUUAUAUUUUAUUAAUUAUAUACAAUUCUUUAAAAUACUUAAGUAAAAUUGCCUUCUACAAUCAACAAUGAUUGUCCGUUUUUCUUUUUAAAAUAAGCUGUGUUCCAUUAUGUACCUUUACUUAUUACAAAUAAGAUUAAUAAUAUAUGAAUAUAAUUUUAAAAAAAAUGAAUAGUUUUAUAAGCAUAUGACAAGGCGUGAAGGAUUAACUUCCUGUGCUAUAUAAUUUAUUUAAUAUUAUGUAAUAAUUGAUUUUAUUUAUACAAUUUGUUUUUCACACAAAUCCUUAAGCUUAAUAAACUUUUGAUAUAAUUACAUAUUUUUUCUUUUUUUAAAUGCAAAUGAUUCAUUAAAAUGAGUAAAUGCUAUUAUAAUAAUAGUUAUUAUUAAAGUUACGUAUUCAAUACG